AUGCCCUGCGUAUUCAGCACCGCUAUUCAUGUCCCAAUUAACAUGGCAAGGGUGGAGAAUAGCAAGGAAUGGCAUCGGUCGGGUGUGGCUGCUGUUGAACCCCAGGCUAACCGAGGCGCAAAUACCGUCUUGAUCCAUUCAGCGUCCGGUGGUCUUGGCCAGGCGGCAAUACAGAUUCCUCAACAUGUCGGCGCAACGAGGUGUGUUGCCAAGUAUGGUUCCAUGCUCGAGGUCGGAAAGCGUGAUAUUCUGGGAAAGGCCCGGUUAAGCAUGAACGAGUUUCUGCUAAAUCGAUCAUUCAUUGGGGUGGACAUGGCACAGAUAGUCAAGGAGAAGCCUAGUCUUACUUAUCGAGAACGCGCCCGCUAUCUUGUCUUCUUUUCGCACUCGGCCGGCGAGUCUGCGGAUGAUCAAGGGUUCUUCAAGGAGCUCAUCGCCCAGGGUACCAAUGUCACGCGCAUUAAAGGAGACGUUAGCAGACUGGAAGACAUUGAGCGCAUUAGAGGUUGCAGCCCGGCUCCUAUCAGUGGUAUUUUCCAGUUGGCGAUGGUCCUGAAAGACUCUUUUACUUUUGAGAUGGCGUAUGCAGAUCGAAACAUUGCCGUUACUCCAGAUAUCGCUGGGACUUGGAACAUCCAUCGAGUAUUCAAGGACUCUUAUCUCAACUUUCUGGUCCUAAUGUGUCUCAUUGCCGGCAUUCGGGGCUACCCCAGCCAAGCCAACUCCGCAGCAGCCAACUCGUUCCUGAACGGUUUUGCACGCUAUCGCCACGCACACGGGCUUCCUUGUUCCGUCAUCAAUCUCGUGGUCAUGGACGAGGUUGGCUUCGUGGCUCGAACUCCAUUCGUGCUCCAAAGGUUCCGCGAGCAAAGCACGCAUAUUCUGACCAUUCGAGACCUCAUCAACACGAUCCACCUUGCAGCAAGAAACCAGCACCCAGCUGGUAAUUCCGGUUCCCGGGCGCACAACCCAACGCAUUUGCAUGUCGGGUUUAUGUCAACACAUGAUGCCAGCCGGCCGGGAAUCCGAGACGUCCGGCUGAGUCCGACUCGACGCACAAAGCUACACUCUAGAGAGGCCCAUGGCGCCUCUGAAGGCCCGCUGCGGGAAUUUUUCUAA